GUUCACAGAAGCAGAGUCUGCUUCGAAAGGAGGGAGAUCCGAGAGUUGCUUUUCACUCAUAGCCAGAAAUUUCAAAUACCAUUGAGAUGGAGGACCUUAGUGAUGACACGACAGUCUUCAGCACUCUGAAGUCUUUCAAGAGUUUCAUGUCCCGACCUGAACGAGCUCUAAGCCAGCCGAGCUAUGGAGCCAGUGACCUGGGCAAACUAUACACACACAAGAUGGAGAUGGAGGAGAGUGCCAAGCGUGUUCACUCCCAUACCAGCCUGCUGCAGCUCUCCCAGGAGAAACAGCAGAUGGAGAUGAGCCAUAAGAGAGCUCGCAUAGAACUGGAGAAAGAAGCACAGAGCAGCGCAAGAGACUUGCAGCGUGAGGUGGACAGGAAUCAGGAUCUCUUGCUGCGGAUUGGCCGGCUGGAGGAGCGGGAGGCGGAGACUGGGAGGAACCUAACAGAGAAGGAGGAGGUUAACCGACAGCUGCGACAGAACAUCCAGGAGGUGGAGAAACGCCUGGAAGAGAAGGAUGACGCCCUGUCACACGCCAACCAGAAUGUGAGUUGUCUUAAAGACGAUGUGAGAGACUUGAAUCAGCAGCUUCAAACUCAGCAGAGCCGAAUCAACUCUCUCACCUUGGACAAGGAAUCACUACAGGAACAACUGGACUUACAGCGCAAAAAGUACCAGGAGGUCAGCCAGAAGCUGCAGACCAUCCAGUCGUCACACACAGCCAACGAGGAGAGCCAGAUCAAGAUCAGGGAGUUGGAGCGUCGCUUGGCCCUCCAGGAGGGAGACAGUGUCAUCGUGAGGAGUAUGAAGUCAGAAGUGGCUCGCGUCCCCGACCUCGAGAGAGAACUCAAACGCCUACGAGAGGACAACGCCUUCCUCAGGGAGACACAUGAGAACAGCAGCCUUCUAAAGGAGGAGGUGGAGGGACUGAGGAAGAAACUGGAGAGAAUGGAACAAACACGAGAACAACUACUGAACUUGGAACUGCAGAACGAGAAACUCCAAGCGAAACUUCAGUCUUGGGAGGACCUGGGGCAGACUGGCCUCAACAUCAGGAAACCAGAGGAUCUCUCCAGAGAAGUGAUCGACAUUCAACAGAGAGAGAUCAACUUGAAGCAGCAGAACUACACACUGACCAGCAGUGUGCGUGCGGCAGAGCGUUCGCGUGCAGAGCUGCGUGGUGAGCUGAUGGCUGUUAAGACCAAAUCUCUGGAGGAGCACAAGAAGAGGGAGACGCAAGACGCUCUGGUCAGAAGACUGCAGAAGAGAGUCCUGCUACUGACCAAGGAGCGUGAUGGAAUGAGGGCUAUUCUGGAGUCCUAUGAUAGUGAGUUGGCCAGCUCUGAAUACUCACCCCAACUCACACGCAGACUGAAGGAAGCAGAGGAGUUACUACAGAGGGUACAGGCUCACAGCACAGACAUGGAGGGGCAGGUAUCAAAGGCUCAGGAAGAGGCUGCCUCUUAUAAACUGCAAGCCCAAACUGCUGAGAUGGAGCUAGACGUAUUGAAAAAGCAGCAGGCCUCAGCUCCAGAGAAGGACUCCAAGGCAACCAGCGAGGAACUGCAGGCACUCAGGCUGAAGGUGGAGGAGCUGGAAUCUGAGCGUCAGCGACUGGAAGAGCAAAACAACAUUCUGGAGAUGAGACUGGAGAGACACAACCUACAGGGCGACUACGACCCGGUGAAGACCAAGGUGGUGCACCUGCGUUUCAACCCCACCAGCGUUGCUAAGCAACAACGGCAGGAGGAGGCCGAGCAGCUGAGGGAGGAGCUACAGAAACUCCGUGAGCUGAUUCGCUCAGGCAGCGUGCCGGCCGGCGACGCCCCCCUCAACAUCCCGCCCACCCAGGAAGUGCUCGAUCUCCGUAAGGCGGUGGAGAGUGCGGAACUGAAGAAUCAGCGUUUGAAGGAAGUGUUCCAGCGGAAGAUCCAAGAGUUCCGCACCGCCUGCUACGUUCUAACGGGAUUCCAGAUCGACAUCACUACGGAGAACCAAUACAGGCUCACGUCAGUCUACGCAGAGCACAUGGACGACACACUACUGUUUAAGGCUACUGGUGCGGUGGGUAGUGGUUCCAUGAGUCUGUUGGAGUCUGAUUUCUCCAGGAGUCUUCAGGAGCUGGCGGAGCUGCACCUGUUCCAUCAGAAGAGCAUCCCCGCCUUCCUCAGCGCAGUCACGCUGGAGCUGUUUAGCAGACAGACUACCGUUUAACACACACGCACACACACACACACACACACACACACACACACACACACACACACACACACACACACACACACACACACACACACACACACCUAUUUCAUCAGAAGAGUACUCCAGCAUUCCUCAGUGCAGUUACACUGGAGUUAUUUAGCAGGCAGACCACUGUCUACUACAGGAACACACACACACACACACACACACACACACACACACACACACACACACACACACACACACACACACCCCUAUUUCAUCAGGAGAGCAUCCCAGCGUUCCUCAGUGCA